CGAGACUUCCUCCUCCCCCUUUUGUGGCCUUCUUUUCCAGAAAUCCUUACAUCCACACACGCCAGCUUACUUAGAUAAAAAAGGAAGAAGAAAUAAAAACAAAAGAUUCUUUUCCUCUCGAUCACGCACUACCCACCCCCAUCCUCCUGGGACCUGCUCCUGCUCCCAAAGGUUAUAUUCGUCUACUCUUUCCGCAGAUUUCCCGCUAGGAAGCUAAGCAAACCUCUCCACAACACACCCGGAACACCAUGAAUGUAUUCCGCUUCCUAGGAGACAUCUCUCAUCUAUUAGCUAUAAUCAUCUUGCUGCUGAAGAUCUGGAAGACAAGAUCAUGUGCUGGGAUUUCUGGGAAGAGCCAGAUUCUUUUUGCCAUUGUCUUCACCACUCGGUACCUAGACCUCUUCACCAACUACAUCUCCUUGUACAACACCUCUAUGAAGGUGGUUUAUAUUGCGUGCUCCUAUGCCACAGUGUGGAUGAUCUAUAACAAAUUCAAAGCCACCUAUGAUGGCAACCAUGACACCUUCCGAGUGGAGUUCCUGGUCGUUCCCACAGCAGUGUUAGCUUUCCUAGUGAAUCAUGAUUUCACUCCGCUAGAGAUUCUCUGGACUUUCUCCAUCUAUCUGGAGUCGGUGGCUAUCUUGCCACAGCUCUUCAUGGUCAGUAAGACAGGUGAGGCCGAGACCAUCACAAGUCACUAUCUCUUCGCCUUGGGUGUCUACCGUGCCCUCUACUUGUUCAACUGGAUUUGGCGUUACCAGUUUGAGGGCUUCUUCGACCUCAUUGCCAUUGUGGCUGGCUUGGUGCAAACCAUACUCUACUGCGAUUUCUUCUACCUCUACAUUACAAAAGUUCUAAAAGGCAAGAAGUUGAGUUUGCCGGCAUAGUUCACACUGAGCCCAUGACAAAGAUACUUUGGCCAAGAAGGAUGAGGAGAAUCCUUCACAGGAAGUUAAAAACAAAGUUUCUGGGGUUUUUUCUUUUUUUAUUCUUACCAACGAAGUUAAGUCACCUGUUGAUCUCUUCUUGCACCCUGAACUUUUACCUGAGUGUGAUUUGGGUCAAAACAAUGGAUUGUCCUUCUGCUCAAGAGACUGAUAUAGAAGGGGUGAGGUGGGCAACAGCUUGGACUCCAAGCUUAUAAUGACUACUCCUGGUGAUAUAUAGGUGGUAGGUUUCUCAAGGGCCCUUUUUAUCAUUGACCUCACUUUCUAUACUCCUGACUCUAUUUUGGUAAUGAACUGCCACAGGUAGGAAAUAUUUUUAAAACAACAGCUACAACAACUGGACAUCUCCCUCCUCUCACACUGUGCUCAUGUUUUGGGCUUUGGGUUGACCACAGCUAUGAAGAAAUCUGAGUGCCGUGGGUCUAUCCAGAUAAACAGGAGCACUUACAAAUUUAAUCUAUUUUCUUUAGAUACUGAUUAUUUUUCUCUAUUUUUAAAAAAUACUGCUGGCAAGAAAAGACCACCCUAAUACAUUCUUACAUUUGCUUCAUUUUGAAUAUUAUUUGAUGGUUAAUUCCUCAUCUACUUUAAAUAAAACAAACAACAAUCAUCCCAAUUAAUUAGUGCCUUUGUGGGAGGGAUGGGAAUUUAAAUAAAAAGAAAUCUGUUUUGUUGCCUGUU